GCCUACAAGUUUGUUUAAAGCACACGAGUCAGCGCGCUUUCAAUAACAUUGUGUUUAACUUGCGACGGUUGCUUGAAUUCAAUACAUAUUCGCACGUAAAAUAUUGUGUCUGAUUGAUUUCUGCACGGACUUAAGUCGCAAUGACAUGACAUCUCUGGAUUUAUAAGCUAAUUUGAUUGUGAACAAUUGGAUAUUUUUUACCACCGUAGCGAUCAUGUGUAACAUAGACCUAUCUCGAGCAUUUCGUUUCUUUGUUUAGUUACGGAUUCGCAAGGAUUUUCGGCAAACAUGACAAUAUGACAGCAAAACGCGACAAGGAUUAUGCUAAAAGUAAAACAUCAACUGGAACGGGAUUUUCUGCAUCAGCAUCAACAGGAGCAGUAAAAUCUAUAGGUCUAGUCACAUCUUCACAAAAUGUAACCUCAUCUCAGGAUAUCACGAAACGAACAAACAAGCCACUUAUGGAAAAGCGACGACGUGCCCGUAUCAAUCAAAGUUUGGCCAUACUAAAGGCCCUCAUAUUGGAGUCGACGAAGAAUCAAUCGAAAACAACCGAUGGUCAAACUAAACACACAAAAUUGGAAAAAGCUGAUAUACUGGAAUUAACUGUACGUCACUUCCAGCGGCAUCGAAAUCUCGAUGAUACAACCAUUAAUAAAUAUAGAGCUGGGUACACGGACUGCGCUAGAGAGGUGGCUCGAUACCUGGCUACACCUGAACCUCCACCACUUGGAAAUAUUCCUUCUUUGUCUGAACCAGGGUCCAAAGCACGUCUUCUGAGACAUUUGGAUCAAUGUAUAGCUGAAAUAGACAUUGAGAUAUGCCCUCAUUCGACUGCAACCUAUGCCGACAGUCCUUCCAGUAGUUGCUAUGACAUCAACUCAGCGACAAAAAAGGCUCAAGCGGAUGACAAUUCAUUAGAUUACAGCAGCCAAGACUCGAAUCCAUUAGAUUUCAGUAAAGCCGCCUCGAAUGUUUUAACAUCAAAAGCAACUUUUGUUAGUCCUGCUGGCACACCAAUUGCACAUUCUACAAAUUCUCCCUGCUCUGAACGUCUAAGUUCACAAGAUGAGAACAACAAUCCCGAUGGACCUCAAUCUAGCGCAGGGUCGAGCAGAAGUGAAGGAAACAUGCGGCCAUUGAUUGCCGGUACCGACUUACCGAAUGUAAUAGAUAUUAAUGCUGUACAGAGCUUUGAAGAUCGCAGUAAACUCUGCUCAAAUGUAUUGGACACAUACAAACAUCUAAAAGUAAAUGAUCCAACUGGGAUCCUUGUGCUUCCCCCACACUACGUUCAAUUGGCAGCUGCGUUGGGUUUAAAUACACAUCCCGUAAUGGAAUCCGUUACUACACGCACGGACUUUGAGCGACUUAUAGAAAUGAAUCAUGUGCCCCCAUUGCCAGCUCAAAUUGCCAAUAAACUCAGUACGUAUGGAGCUCUACCUGGAGCUUUGGAGGCCGCACAUGUAGCUGCUGCUUACGCAGCGACAACUUUACAAGCGAAAGAAAAUGGUAUGACCACAGCAAGUACAGCAUCCUCAAUGGCUGGAACUAUGAAUGUGGAGCGUCCUGCCUCUGUGCUCUCUAAUGCAACUUCUGUUGCAUCCACUUCCGUGAGUUCUAUGACCUCUGCCGAUUCACUGAAAACCGGUCAACAGCAACAUCAGUCAUCACGCUUGGAAGCUGGAUCAGCAUCGACAGUAGAAGCAGCACAAUUAAACAUGGUUAACAAUCCACUAUCGGUGAACCUCGCCGCAGUAGCAGCAGCGCAGCACCAGUUGCAUCUAUUACGACCCAAUGAGGCUCUAGCACGGCAAGAACAACAGCCGCAGGAUGAAAAUAUGUGGAGACCAUGGUGAGAGGCACACAUUUUAGUCUAUUGUGUUAUUAAAGAGCUUAAAGCAUGUAAAUACCAAAGAUUUUUUUCUGUAAUUAUGUGAAGAAAGUAGGCGGCAUGGGAAUAUAAAAGCAUGGCAAUAUGAUAAACUUUUUUCAUGAGAUCUCGUUAGGUUAAUUUUAUUUACCUUAAGUCAUCAUAUUGUAUACAUAUAUUAUUUUUCUUAUACGGCGCUGUCACUAUUUGUUGACUCAGGCUGAGAGUAAAACUCUCGCGCUAGUUGAUUCUUCAAUGUAGAAGUUUCGCCAGACACCUUCGUUCAGCAACUUCCUUUACCUCAUUUUUUUGACACUCUUGCUCUGGCUGCGAAGCUAAUGAUUGACAUCUUCUGCGAGCAACAUUGUACUUUUACUCUAUGUGAUGCCUUACCAUGCGUGAAGAUAACACACAGCAGUAAAUUGCCUUGUCUAAUAUAUCGUUUGGAGUGAAUCGUUGUGAAUUUACAAGAAAAUAUGCCCUUGCUUAACACCUGGAUUUAUGCCAUAUGAGUUUUGCACAAAUACUAAAUUUGGACAUAGGCAGCUGCCUUUAGUGCUAUCAAUUUGUUUAUCUAGUGUUUUUUACAGGACUUAAGACAUUGGGCAAAUAUAGUGCGAGGCAAAAUUGGCAGAUCUGAAUGUACUUUGAUCAGGUCCAAUCAGUUAGUUGAAGACGGCUUCAGUCAUUUCAUAUAGCACUACCAUGAUGAAAAGAAUCAGAGGGUGUAGCUAAAAUCAGAAUCAGCUAACUGCCUGACGUCACCGGAGUCACGAUAGCGGUUUGUUUACGAAAAAGCUGAUAUUUCCCAUCGGUGCCAUCCCGCAUGUUGCGUCGUUGCCGUCUGAAUACAUGUGAAAUGAGCCGAAGUUGCUCGCACAAUUUUGUUUUUCACCAUAGCAGAUUGGCCAAACCUGGUAAUCUAUCAUCGUUAAGUACUACCGAUAUGUCGAUAUCGAAUACUCAAAAGUUAAGAGAAAUCUAAAUAUUAUAAUUAUUGUAAUUGUUUAUCGUUAAAUCUGAAUACGUUCGAUGAACGAAUGCUUUCUGUUUUGUGUAAUCACUACAAAGGAUUACUUUUUAAAAUAUACGUCAGUGACAAGAAUUAUUUUUCCGCUUAAUGCUGUUAUCGUUAUAUACAAUAUCGUUUUCUCAACUAACUUCUAACUUUACCGACCCCAUUAUAAUAGCGGUAAACAUUUAUUCGUUACUUCUAACGUUUGUUAAACUACCAUAACGUUAUUACCAUUCCGAUGACGUAGGUUCGAAUCUCCGUGAAACAUCAAAAUGAAUAAAGAGUUUUUUUGUAAUAAUGGUCGUCCCUCGGCAGGAAAUGGCAAACCUCCGAGUGUAUUUCUGCCAUGAAAGAGCUCCUCAUAAAAAUGUCUACCGUUCGGAGUUGGCUUAAAACUGUAGGUCCCUACACGUCACAAAUAGGAUUAGGAUCUUGGCCAAACACCCAAAAAGAGUGUAAGCGCCAUUUAUAUAUAUAUAAGCGCCAAAAAUUUAUUGUAUAUAUAUAUAUAUAUGGUAUUUAUGUAUGAAACACAAUAUUUGUUAAAUGCCGACCACGACUCCUCUGGCAACACAGGAUGCACAUAGCAAAAUUUUCCAUUAAUUUUUGGCAUAGUUCGGGCUGUAUAUCAUUUAUAACGCGUAUGAUUUUUUUCUUCAGCUCAGGAAUCAUCUCGGGCUAAUUAGAACACUAUAGACAACACUAGGAAUCUCAGUGCCAAAAAUACAUGUUUUUCCUCCAAACUUACAUCGAUAUUUGUCGAUGCAUCGCCGCGCGUAUAUCGAUGCAUCGAUACGCAUAGAGUUUUCCUACACCAUGAAAAUAAAACAAAACCAGUUUCAAUUUCUUUUAUUUUAAUGUACUUAUAUACCAUUAUAGAAUCCCAUCAACCUUUCCCGUUACAUCAACAGCUCUGGUUGGCUGUAGAUAUCUGCUCGUUGGAGACCUCACAAUGGUAUCAAACCGGCGCUUUAGUGCUACUUGGGGAGUGCCAGACUGGUACUUCAACUAUCCAAUCCACCAAUCUAAGUUAUAUACCAUUAUGGUGGCUCAAACAAGUGCUCACGUUGAUUUUUUAUAAACAAGUUUUUGGAAUGCAGUUUCAUAGCUCAUAAAAUUUUAAGAUUACAAAGUGGAAGUUAGCAAAAAAAAAAAUAUUAAAAGUCAAAGCAAUUGAACCGCAUUGUAUCUUUCAAUGAUAAGUUUACUAAAGUCAGAAGUACCGAUUGUCCUUUUAGUCACCCUACAAUAUGGCCAAUUUAUAAAUCUUCAAUUUCAUAUAUCCUACAUAUGUAUACUAGGUUGUUCAAUAAGUUCUACGGUUCGAUAAGAAAAACACAUACUUGAUUAUUGAGUAUAGUCUCUCCGAGCAUCAACACACUAAUUCCAACGAGAUUCGAAUUUAUGAACUCCAUCCCUGAAGUGAGAAUCUGGAAGGGUUGCAAAAUACGCUUCCACCAAGGUGGAUUUAAUAAGGUGACAGCAUUCACCCAGCUGAAUUUUUCGCCGUAGGUAUGGCUUACGUCAAAAUGAUAUGCUUUGUUUGUAUGUAUUGGUAUGUUUACAUUCGUAUGUUUACAUUUGCUUGCUGAUUUUGACAUGAUGCUUGCACCAAACGCAACAACAAAUACAUGUAGGGUUUUACUUAUAUGUGUUUGCUGUCACCUGUAAUAAAUUCGCCUUGGCUUCCACAGCUGUUAUGACCUCUUCAUUUGAUGAAAAACGCUUUCAACGCAUGGACUUUUUUAGGUCUGGAAAUAGAUGGAAGUCACUAGGGGCCAAAUCUGGUAAACAUUAAUUCAUGGAUUUUAGCUGUUGUCAAAAUGCUCUUGUGGCACUGUCCUGAUGAAAUUCAAGUAUUUUUUUUUUUUUGUAAACUUGUUCUUUUUUCACGAAUUUUCUCCUUAAGCUAGUCUGAAAGGUAACAAUAAUAUUCAGAAUUUAUUGUUUUACCAAUUUUCAAGUAAUCCACAAGCAAAAUUCUUUUCCUAUCCCACAAAAUUGUUGGUAAUAUCUUCUUGACAAUUUCGGGACACGAACUCGUUUCGGAGCCGAAAAACCACUCUUUAGACUCUUGUUUUUAUUUAGGAUCAUGGUGAUAGACCCAUAAUCCACUUUAUUCUUUCGAAAACGCUCUAAAUGUUGCUGAGAAGCUCGCUUUCGAAUGUGUUUUUGUUCCAUUUCUCCCAUUGUACACACAGCUCAAACCCAAUACUUCAGUCAAAAUAUUGCUUACACUGCCCAAUGAGAUAUCUAGAGCUUCUAAUAAAUCUCUAUCAGUCACUCGAUGAUUUUCCAAUACGACAUCCUGUAUUUUUUUCUACGAUUUCUCGUGUUGUUGCUGGUUUUGGACGUAUUUGACGUGGAUCGUUUCAAGGCUUGUACGACCACAUUUAAAUUCAGCAACCCAUCUUUCUAUUUUAGCUAGUAGUCACCCCUUCUCUUAUCGAACACCCUCUCCAUACCGCAAAAUUUAUUGAAUAACCUAGUAUGUCAUUGCCUAUAAUGCGCUUGGUUAUUUUAAUUAUCAUUUUAAAACUGAUGUGGUGAAAAGCCUGUGGUUAUCGCGCGCGCUAAUAUGCAUAAAGGUACUGCAAGGUCCGGGCCGAAUUUGGCAUUUAUACUCAUUUCAUGAUAAUAUUAAUUUCUUAAAACAAAUUUCUUAAAAUGAGGACGUAUUUCUAGCCUUUUCGAAAACAUAAUUAAGCUAACUAGAAAAAGUAUGUUAUAUUUACUUUAAAUUAAAAAAGUACUGCAAUUUUCGUGUUAUAUCUGGACGAUAUCCUUGUUGAGUAUAUUUUGUAAAAUAAAUUGUCCAAAACCUAUCGGAUGUUGAUUUACAUUCGAACACUUAUUUAAAUUAAAGGAGAUGUAUUGCUGUGAGCUGUCGACAUGUGCUGUUGUAUUAUUGGAAAACAUUGUAAAAUUUAUUUAGUUUACUUGAGAAAAAAUUGUUUUUAUGUAAAUUUACCAAAGAAUAUGUAUGUAUACUUAUAUUUACUCAGUAUGUACAAGUACAUAAGCUAAAAUACUAUAGAUCCAAUUGAAAUGUAAUACUCCAACUGUGGGUUUGCAUGAGUAAAAAGUUAAUUUUUACUUUGAUAAAUGUUCCCGCUUUUGAUUAUUUCAAUACGCUUAUAUAAAUGUAAAAUGUAUGUAUUAGUAAGGAACAAGAAAAAUUAUUGCAUUGUAUUUAAUCAUUACAAUCUUUUCAAGUUAAUUUUAAGUUCACAAGACGUGUAAUGUUGUUGUCUAAAAGAUAAAAAUACUUACAAACAUACACACACAUGUUCAAAUCUAUAACUAUAUGUACGUGUGAUUGUAAGUGUGUAUAUAAAUAUGUUAUAAACAAAUUAGAGUAUACAUAUGCAUUUGGAUUUAUAUAUUUCUAAACGUGCCAGUGCCAAAGAGACUAGUACAUAAAAUAGAUAUAUUUACAUGUAUGUAUGCAAGUACACUCCAUCAUUUGCAAGAUUAGUAUAUAAAUGUAUGCCCAUGUAACACUGUAUUAAUUGUAUGUAAUAUAAACUGAAUAAACUCGUGAAUAUAUAAAUGAUUUUUUUGUUUUCCACUGAACUUAUAUUCUGCAAGUGGCUUUCA